AUGGCGUGCUACAUCUAUCUCCACCGACUCCUCUGCCGUCGCCGGCGUUGGGUCGCUUCGAUUCCGACUGAAUUUUCAUCCGAUUGCUGCGCGAACGCUGUCGUUUCUUAUCAACCUAUUUUCUUUUCGUGCCUCGAUUUCCUCCGCAAGCGGUGGCUCAGCACCAACGCCGAGACGGCUGGUCCUCCCGAGCUGGCCGGGAUGACCGCAUUGGCCAAGGAAACUCACCCUGACCUUGCUCACUCGCAAAACCAUUCCUCUUUAGCUUCUAGCAAAUUCGUUCAAGUCCUCGCUGCAUACGAGAGAGCUCAUUAUGAUCGCCAUCUUCUGUCGAAACGGGUCCCCAGAGAGCAAAACUAUAGGCGGAGUGCUACCAUCUUCAAAUACAACUCCCACCAGCACAUGGCUGAGCAGAUGGAGGUCGUGGAGUGGUUAAAAUGGUACAGACAUGCAAUCAAUGAUAUUUUAUCUGAAAGAAGAGUGACAUCUGGGUCAGGUUAUUUCGAUAUACUGGAGAGGGACUUGUAUUCCGCCAUGCGUGCGGCAUAUUAUGGACCCGAGAUUGAGUCUGUGGAUCGCCUUCCCGACCGAUUCGAGGCCGAGGAGAGGUCUGUGCAAACCACUCGAGAGGUACUACACUUGGUCUCUGGUCGAGACCUUUUUGGGAUGGUAUGCUUAGCUGAUAAGCAAUAUCAAUUAUCGUGUGCACACACUGAAAAACUAGCUUCCACGGCUUUGAAUUCGGUCCUAUUUUCUCAUAAUGUGAGCAGAAGGUUAAAAUGUGAUGCAAAUGAAGAUUUGGGCUUCUUGAAGCAAUCCAGUCAUGCUGAUUUUCUAUUGUCCGAUGCAUAUAGAGAUUUAGAGUUGCACUUAUCGGGUAGAGUUAUUGCUGUGGCUACAAGGACUCCACCUGGAAGUGUUGAUGCGAGUGAGGAUGAGGAUUCUCUAGACCUGAUACAUGUUUAUCUUGCUUCAUGCGAGGACCGAUUGCUUGCAGAUUCUUCGCUGGAAUCUGAAUUUCUCUUGGGAGUUAUAAAAGGUCUGGGGAGCACUUCGGAAGAAGCGACUUGCUAUGUCUACAAUGGUGCUGGUGUUAAGACACAUAUGAUUAUGAAGCAUCGAACGUUGUUGUCCUUGUUAUGGAUUUCAUGUGUUCAUCGCAUAGGCACAUGUAUGUUUCAGGUGAAACAUUUGCAUUGGUUUCAUGUUGGAGAAAAAGUUUCAGUGUGUGAAUGCAGAUGUACUCGAGCCCGUUUGCCACCAAGCAAAUUUUGGUUGUUUGAGCCUCGUAGUGCGAUGCAUGACAUAGGAGGGUGGUACAUAGAGACAUUUGGAAGAGAUAAUAAAGGAAAAACUGUUCCAGGACAAAGAUAUUGGGACAGUUUGGAUACCAAUGCACAUAGUGAGGAAAGACUUCAUCCAGCAGUCUAUUUGCUUGCUCUGGCCUAUAGAACUCUAGAUAUUGAAGAUGCUAGAAGAGGGAAAAAGACAAUUAAGGACAAAGUUGAGGCGAAAAUGUCUAAUGUAUUGAGCUGGCGCAAAAAAUUUACCUAAUUUAUGAGCAACUGGUUCUUGACUGGAUGGAUGGUAACUUCUGAUCUUAGGCUAUACACGUUCCCUGAUGUUCUUGGACUGGGGCGCCAAUGUAAUCAUUUGGAGUGUCGGUUACUGCAAAUCAUGUCAUGGGAGGUGAUGGAGGUGAUCUGAAAUGUAAGAAAGACAUUGUUUUCUGACGGGCUUUUGGAGCAUCUUGGAGUCCUUUCUAACAGGCUUGGAUAUGGUAAUGGCAUUUGAUAUUUUGAGCGGGAGGAAAAACUGCAAUGGCCAUAGUCACUCGAAUGUGUCGACUCUUUAAUUUUUAGGGUUAAUUACCAAAAGUACGUUGGAGGUUUGACCUAAUUACUGAAACUCCAACUAAGUUUUGAAAUGAAAAUGCCCUUGAGAUUUUCUUCUAUUAUGUUUAAUUCAUAAAAGUUUUUCAAAACCCGUCAUGGUUGUAAAGAUGUACGGUUAGCCUCCUUGUCUUAGGGCCAGAAAAUAUCUCACGUUUACUUUUUGUAAACUUUUUCUUUUUUUCUUUCCUUUUUUUUUUUUUUUUUUUUUUUUUUUUCUUUUUGUUGUUGUUUUUUGUUAUGCUGAAAAAUAGUAUAUGGGUUUUGUAUAUGGUGUUCUGCUAGCUGUUUGAGUCGUGUUUGCGUUUUGGUGUUCUGAUUCUCUUCCUUAGAUCUUGUGUUUUUUGUUACAAAUUUGGAGUGGAUCUGUGGAGUGGAUCUUUUAACAUAGUGAUGCAUAUUA